UUUUUUCUCAGUUACUUUUUGAAUCUCUUAUUUUCAGAGUCCGUGCGUUCCAAACUGUAUUUUCAGUUCUUGUACAUACGUUUCGAUUUUCUCACGUCUCCUUCAGAAGUUUCCCUUCUACAUAUCAAGAGCCGAAGAAGAAUUUUAACCGACCCUCCAUUUUGAUUUUAAUCAUAGAACUGCGUAGCCCGCAGCUUCACAUCUCUAUCUCAUAUCACGGAGCACGACGAAAGUGGCAUUAUCCCGCCGCUGGAUUUUACGGUGCUGACACAAGAAAAGCAGAAGACGUACAACAUCGCGAGGCACAUCGGGCAAGAAACAAAAGUAAACCGCCGAGGAGAAAGAAAAAACAGUGCUGAAUAAUCUGCACCAUUGUUUUUGUUUGCCGUAACCAGGAGCACCGACCACCACACUGAGAUCAAGCAGUAAACAAGCAAACCAAAACAACAUGACUCGCACCAAAUCUUUUGUGAGGGUGGCCGGGGCCACCUCCUGCCUUCUCGCAACGCCCGUGCUGGUGGAGGCGACUCCGACCGAGGACAAGUAUGCGUUCUUGAAUGGCAAAGAGGAUAAGGUGCCAGACCGGGAAGCCGUGGCGGCUUCUCAGCGGGCGAAGCUGCCGGAAGUCGGUUUGAUCAACGGGCCGGCUUGGCCCGGCGAGGACGAGGACGAGGAGGAGCGAUCCAGGUCGUCCGCGCGCAAGACUGGAGGACGCAAAAAAGGCCGCUCGUCCUCGAGUCGCAGGACCAGCUACCAAAAAUGCAAAUCAAGAACAACAAAUUGACACGAUUCUCAUGCUGUCUCCUGCUUGGGCUGCAACACGUGCAAGCUUUCGAAAUGCGAAACGCUUUCUAUUCACAAUGACUCAUACUUUACUGAGCAACAAGUUGCGAACGAUUCAGAUUCUUCGCUCUUCUUUCGGAUUGCAACUCGUGGCCUCCAAUAGUACGAUUUGCAAAAAAACCACAAAUAAUGGUCUAUUUCGUCUGUGUGCGGUAGCGGUUUACAUGGAUCUUCUCUAGAGCUCAAUCAUGCAUAUCCCAAGCGAAUGCCUGUUCUAAUAGGAUGCUGGACAUCGGCAGGCCCACAGGAAGGAAGAUCGUGACAAUGUUGAUGAGGUUCUUCGAUUUGCAAUGCAUAGGAGUAGAAAAAAAGCGAAGGAAGGCAAUUCGCAAAAAAGUGAUGCUGGCAGUACUGGGUCGGGUAUCAUACGAAAAAGUUGUCUCACUGUGAUGAUUUUGCUGAGUCUGCAUCAUAAAUUAGCUACACUACAUAACAAACAAGAAAAUCUGCAGUGCAUGCUUUCCAAGGGUGGAGAACACAGUUGAAAAGCUCCACGCUUCGUCUUGUUUCUACUUUCUUAGCAACAUCAACACUACGAACGUGAACGUUGGUGCAUUCUCUGCAUCACAGGCAAACAGCGACACAGCUUUUUCUUGCGAUAUUGGAGGACGUCGGUGGAGAGUCCGUUUCCACCCUUCUGCAGAUGCAAAUCGCCGAAGGUUUUGAAAAGCUAAACAAACGCCUGCAAGACGUUGAAGUCCAGCUUGCCGAAAUGCGCCGUGGGUCGUCCAAGUAAUUUAUUAACCACAGCUAAUCAUGACUUGACCUUGAGCUUGACGUUGACCACAUUGACUUUUCCUUUUGGCUUUGAAGAGGUUGCCUUGGGGGUUCCAAAUGACCCCUCCAGAGGGCCUCCGGGGGGUGUUGGGCGUUCGCAAACACGUCGCAUUCUUUUUUUUAUCUUGCCCCGUCAUUUUUCGCCUAUCCUUGCUUGGCUCCUUCGGGGGGGCCAUCGCGGGGCCAUCGGGGGGCCUUCGGGAGGUCCCGGAGCGACUUCUCGAAGGGGCCAACAAGGGCCGCGCAAAUGUUUUGCUUAAUAUAACCUGAAGAUGAAAUAAAAAGUAAAAGCCCAAGCUGAUUUACAACAGAUCCAAGCAGCGCCGCAAGGAUGACGCACACGACGACGAUAUUGCUCAGCAUGCCUCCCCUUUAUCCACUGCAAACGGCGGAUGGUCAGGAAACUUGGAGUUUUUCGACUGGUGCAUCCUUGAUAGUGUAAAUCUGUGAGCACCAGCAACAUGCGCUCUCUGGAACGAGCACGAGCAACAGGCCAGACUGGUGGUGUCAGGGCUCCCCUUGGCGGCCAGGACGUGCCAUGAUCAUUUGUGAGCACCAGGAUUGUUUUGCGGCGCCAUAAUAUGGCAAAUGUUGUUGGUGUUGGCUGGUCGUGUCAGAUUGCUAGCAAAAUAAUACAAAGACGUCUGCUUGUGCUUUCUGCAGCCCGCGUGCAUGUUCGAUGAUGCUCUGUCAUGCUUCAUCAACUAUAAUUGUCACGGCAGACAACUGAUGAUAUUGAUAUUUUUUCGCUUGACCAUGACGCGUUUGCGUGGUAUACUCUCACAACGGCACACUGCUUCGCGAGAACGAAGGGAAAGAUGAAGCAGCCGGAGAUGCGGCUUCCACCCUGCUGCAAAGAAUUCCGGCUCAGCCGACAUCGUAUCCAACAGUCGACGGCCUCCCCCAUCCCACGACCAGCACGGGGUAUCAGAUACAAAUGCUCUUAAUUUGUGUUGAUUGCGAUUUCCCGCGCAUAGUCGUGCUAUUUGUGUUUUUUUUGAAGUUUUGUUUGUUUUUCUUUAUAAAGACACGCAAAAGAAGUAGAACGGCCACCCAGGGGGCGCGUGAGUAUUUAUUGUAUUCUCACGACGCGCUCGCACUAAACCGGUCCCGAUGCUGAGGUAUGUUAGCUGCGUAUAUUCUACUCGCCAUAUCCACACGUGCUUCCACAGAUCGCCGCCCGAGUCCUUCAUCUCCAAAAGCGCUCCCGAGAUCGCCGAGGUCCUCAACGAAGUCAGGACCAUCGGGAGUGAGUUGAGGUCGCGAAGCGACAAGCUUGUGCAAUCAAGCGAGAGGAUCGAAAACAUGCUAAGCUCCCUAGUUGUGAGUGUCGAAAGCCUGCUACCUAUUACCUACCACGAGCGCGUGGCCAGUCAUGACAUUCACCUUGCAAGAGCCACUCUGAUUCCACGAGUACUUGCAAGUGCACACAGCCACUCUGAUUCCACGAUGACUCCUUCAACCCCACCCACUUCGCUGGCCAGUCAUUCACCUAGCCCCAGCGACCGGAGCGUCUAGGGCACGUAGCUCCCUGCGCUACCACAUUGAACAACAAUGCGCGAAGAGUGAAAGCAUUUCUUCGAAUUUAGAAGAAGAAGGCAUGCGAUUGAUUUUUCGGUCUGCUAGUAAAGUAUAUCUAUGCCUUUUUGUGCACGGUUUAUUUAUUUUAUUUUCUUUUCUUUGCUCGUACGUAAAGGUAAAGCGUCUGCGACUUGCAUUAUAUAUAUUUUUUCGCGAAAGGUUUCGCUGAGAAGUCGAUCCUCAAAAGAUUCAUAUGAAAUGAUUUGUAUGUUUUUCGUCUUUCAUAUGCUCUGGUAUUGGUUCUUUUUGUUGUUCAUAAAAAGGAGAUAAUAAAUCGAGUGAGCCGCUACUUCUUAAAUGUAUGGUGCGUGCAAGCAAUAGAUACAGAUCGGCAAUGAAAAACACCAGGCACGAAGGAGUAACAAGCAGCCGGGAAACAUGAGUAUAAAGCCC